GGGGACUAAAAGUGUCUCUCGCACAAUAGUCGAGGACUAAAAAUGGAAAAAUUAAAAGUCGAGUACCAAAAGUGUCACUGACAUAAUAGCCGGGGGACCAAAAGUGGCAAAAACUCUAUUCAUUUUCAAGAGUCGUACUAAAGCCAACCCAUUGAUUUUCCACGAUAUGUUUACUUGGACUGAAAUUUUGUGAUCUAAACUGGCCUGAUAGAUGUUUGAUAAGAAUGGUAGAAGUUUGAUCUCUGUGUAUUUUACAACUGUCAAAGUCUAAUCUUUUCUGGUCUGUUCUGAACAGGUCUGAUCUGGUUUGGGAUUGAAAUAAAUUCAAGUAAAAAUAUCUCAAUUAAUCAUAUAAACUCUUUAUUCAAUACAUGAACUUAAGUGAUAAAUUUAAACAUAGUAAACAAAUAAUUUAGUGAAGAAAAAUAAAUUUAAACCUAGUAAAAAUAAUUUAGUAUGUUAGUUCUCAUCUUCUUUUUUGCUUAAACAAUCUCUAAAGAGUGGUUUGGUGCUCACAUGAGCGGUGGUUUGUUUUCUAGUGUGUCUAGGGUUGUUAUUAUUAUGUCAAUUUUGAUAGUCAAUUUAUGGGUGGUUUUGUUCAAAUUAGCAAUACGGUUUGCUACAAGAUGCUAUAUUGUUGUUUAGUUGCUACUGAAGACACUCUUUCAGGCGUAAAUAUACUUUCCUCAAAAGCCAUCUUUAUGCUCAAAUCAUUUAUCGGUGGCUCGCUCCCUCCUGAACCACCACCACUAAUUGAAAGAGUGAUUCUAUAUUUUUAUCUAACUGGUGCAUUUCAGAUCGGAAUAAAAUUCAUUGAUGUUUUGUUGAGCGUGACAUACUAGAUCUACUCGAAUCAGUUGAGGGGCGCUACAGCUACAUGAUUGGACAAGGGUGACUACUUUAAACCGUAGUCACAAUUUUGCUUAUUUAUGCAUUUUUUAUUACUCUUUGUUCGUUCGUUCGUUUUAGUUUUGUGUAAAGAUAUGAUAGGUUUUUUCAUACCAGGUUAGAAGCAUUGAGAUCGACAUGAUCAAAUUAAGCUUUCAUUUGUCCGCUACACGAUUAGCAAUUUUGCGGCUAAUUUGUGUGUGGUAAAGUCUAAGGGUAUGUCUGACGCAACUAACUCAAAAGAUAUUUUUAUGAGCUUUUUGGUAACGAUUAAUUUUUAGUGAUUGAAAAGAUCUUAAACGAAAAAGAUAGUAGUUGUUUGAUAAAAAACUGUCUGUUUGGUUUAGUUUUGUUUGUUAUACAAGUUGUUGAGACUAAUUAAUGCUAGAAGCUACAAACUUAUCUGAGAUGCUACUCACUGUAGCAUCUCAAAAAAGAUCUUAUAUUUUUAACAAAACUCUUAAAAGUAGCAUAUCAAAUAUACAAGUAGAAGCUUUUAAAAACUUUUUAAAUACUACAAAAGCUAGAAGAUAGGAGUUUAUGCUCGCCAAACAUAUAUUAAAUCAAAUCAUUGAGCUUUUAAUUGGAACUAGAAUUAUCUUGAACCUAUUUUAAUGAUAUUUGAUUUAUUUGUAUUAAUAUACUCCAUCCAUAUUUAAAAGUUCUCUACACUUUCUUUUUUGGAUUGUAUUUAAAAGUUUCAUAAAUUUCCAUUUUUUGUAAGUUUAUCAACUUUAUAAAAUACUCAGCUCGUCUUGCUUUAUCUACUUUUUAUCUUUCUUUCAUAUUUUUACACGAUCUCUUCUACUUUUUCUACACUAUUCACUACAUCUACUACAUUUCUCCUUAAAUAAUGUAUCUAAUCUAAGGUAGUAAACAUUAAAAUAGAGAGUAAAGAGUUUUCUAUUAAAAAAAGAAAUCAAUCAAUAAAUAUUUCAAGAGAGUCCCACCAAUGAUUUUAAUGUGACGACCAUGGUCCAUCCGGGUCGACUUUGUGAGUGAUUGCUACUUUCUCUCUGUUGCCACGUUGCUAAUUGGCAAAUUGCCAGAUACAGCCCACCGACAAAUCCAUAACGUCGGUCACCAGUAUAUAUGGACGCAAACUGAAUUUCGCAUUUUCAACCCCUAAUGGUUUUCGGAGGAGGAAAGGACAUCAAUAUUACUAAUUUCAGGGUCAAUUCCAUAAUAGCUUGUUUCCACAUCCAUUUCAGUAUACUUCCAUUCGAGACCUCUAGGUCACAUGUUGGACCUAGAGAAGACCAUCACGACCGAGAAGGGGCUGGAGACGAGCAUCUCCACCCUAGAGGCCGAGAGCCUGGAGACGCGUAUCUCUCUACCCUAGAGGCCAGGGGCCUAGAGAAGACCUUCACGGCUGGGGGCCUGGGGCCUGGGGACGAGCAUAUCCACCCCAAAGGCCGAGGGCCUGAAGAAGACAAUCACGACCGAAAAGGACCUGGAGACGAGCAUCUUCACCCUAGAGACCAUGGGCCCGGAGACGAGUAUCUCCACUCCAAGGGCCAAGAAGGCCUAAAGAAGACCGCCACGACCGAGGGCCUGGAGACGUGCAUCUCCAACCCCGAAGGCUGAGGGCCUAGAGAAGACCAUCAUGGCCGAAAAGGGCCUGGAGACCGGAAUCUCCAACCCGAGAGCCGAGAAGGCCUCAAGCGGACCACGACGGUCGAGGGCCUGGAGACGGGCAUCUCCAACCCCGAAGGCCGAGGGCCUAGAGAAGUCCAUCAUGGUCGAAAAGGGCCUGGAGACUGGAAUCUCCAACCCCGAGGGCCGAGUAGGCCUAAAGAAGAUCAUCACGACUGAGGGUCUGGAGACGAGCAUCUCAACCCCAAAGGCCAGGGCCUAGUAAAGUGCAUCACGGCCAAGGGCCUGGAGACGAGCAUCUCUACUCAUGCAGCAUGAUCAGCCCCUCAGCACCAUCUUGUCAUCACUAACGCCGCCACGUGCCGCCAGGCCAUCAUCAUAUUCGAAGACCCUUAACAAAACAAAAUAAAUAAAUAAAUAAAUAAAUAAAUAUAAAGAGGUGUCGGGGAAUCCCCAAGAGGAUAAACCCGUUCCCCACCACCAUGUAGGCCUAAGCUCAUCUCGGAUCCAAAGGACCAAAGAA